CACCACCUCCUCCGCUACCUCCACCACCGCUUGCCGCCGCCUCCACCCCCUCCGCCACCGCCGCCACGGCCUCCACUGCCGCCACCGACUCCCCCACUCCCUGUACCACCCCCACCACCACCUCCACCUCCUCCACCGCCUCCACCGCUUCCCCCACCGCCCCCUCCACCACCCCUGCUUCCCUUGCCCUUGCCGGUGCGGCGUCGCCCACUAGAGGCAGACGCAGCGCCGACCUCCUCAGUGCCAGCGAGGUCGACAGCAGCAGCAGAGGCAACAGUGGGGAGAAGGGGGACAGGGGAACACCCCUCAAAGAAGGGGGUGCGACGGUCGCCGCGAGAAGCACCUACAGCUAA